AUGUCUCAGCUGUCUAUUUGCAUCGACAAAAGGCUUGAUUCCUUAUCAUCGAGAUCCUUUAGGCCUUUUAUCUUCAAAAUAAAUGACCAUCUACGUAGAGAAAAUGAGAAAGCUUAUGAACCACAAAUACUCGCCGUUGGUCCUUAUCACCGUAACAAAGUUCACUUACAAAUGAUGGAAGAGCACAAACUACGGUACCUACAAGAGCUGCUUAAACGAAGAAGUGAGUCGAGUGUAAACAGAUACGUGUUAGAGAUGGACGAGUUGGAAGAGGAAGCACGCAAAAGUUAUGCAGAACCCAUUAAAUUGGAUAAGGAUAAGUUUUUGGAAAUGAUGAUACUUGAUGGGUGCUUUAUCAUCGAAUUAUUUUGCAAGCUUGAAAACCAAAAUUUGAGAGAUGCAAAUGACCCCAUUUUCAAUAUUUCUGAGAUUAUGCAGAGCGCAAAACGUGAUUUAUUGUUAUUUGAGAAUCAACUUUCACUCUGUGUCCUUUUUCGGUUAUAUGAUAUGACCGAAUAUCCAGACCAACUGACCCCACUAAUUCCCUUGGCCAUCAACUUUUUAAAUACAAACUUUUUAGGUUUGUCGUGCACCAAAAUUCCAACAGACAACACCAAUCAUCUUCUAGGCCUUGUACAUGAAUCCUGGUGUUCUUCUGCAAAGGUGUCCUCCCGUCAGUCUCGUGGGAUUGAUACAAACCACAAAAAGGAAAUGAUUUCCUUAAAAAGUGUUACAGAGCUCCAAGAAGAUGGGAUUAAAUUCGUUAAGGCUGAAAAAGAGGAAUUUUUAGAAGGUGUUACAGAGCUCCGAGAACCAUUGAUUAAGGCUGAAGAAGAGGAAUCACAGAGUUUCUCUUUUCUCGAUAUUAACUUUGAAAAUGGCAUCAUGAGAAUCCCUCCUCUUCAAAUUGAUGAUGAUAUAGAGUGGCAAUUAAGAAAUCUGAUUGCCUAUGAGCAAUACAAUGGAGAAAUUGCGAAAACUUAUAUGACCGACUACGCGUUUUUUAUGGAUCGCCUCCUCAAUUCUCCCAAGGAUGUCAAAAUACUUCGCCACUCUAAAAUUAUUGAAAACUGGUUAGGUGAUGAUGAAGUUGUUUCUACCAUGUUUAACAAAAUAGCCAAUCAUGUUCAAGUCAAUCCAAAUUCUUUCUAUUAUGAGGAAGUUUUGAAGGAAGUUGAAGAGUAUUGCAAGCAUCCUUGUCAUGGAUGGAUGGCCUAUUUAAGAUAUAAUUAUUGCAACAAUCCGUGGUCUAUUCUUUCAGUGAUUGCAGCUAUUCUAGGCCAAUCAUGUCCCAAAAACAAUGAAGCAUACGAUCUAGAAAUAGUAGCAAUUGGUCCUUAUCAGUGCGGCAAAGUUAAGCUACAAAUGAUGGAAGAGCGUGUACAUGCUACCUGGUGUUCUUCAUUUGCUGCAAUGGUGUCUUCGCCUCCUAUUGAUGCAAACCAAGGAAGGAAAUGGAGUUUCAUGAAAAGUGCCAUAGAGGUUCGAGAAUUGGGAAUUAAAUUUGUGAAGGCUACAAAAGGUUUCUCGUUGUUGGAUAUAAAAUUUGCAAAUGGAAUCAUGAAAAUUCCUCCACUGAGAAUUAGUAAUAAUACCAAGUGUUUCUUCAGAAAUAUGGUUGCAUAA